CAGGCAGCAAUGACAGCCUGAAGGUUGCAGCAGCACCGGGAUCUGCAUUCCAAGUGCACAGAUCUUACAGUGUGGAGUGAUUUUACGUGGAGCUGUUCUUUAUUUGCUGAGCCAUGGCCAGUAACCAGGCCAGCCUGCAGGAUGAUCAGAGCAGGCACUGCAAGUUCUUAUCCUAUAUGUUCUACCAGGCUGUGAGAGAUCACAAGCCUGUGUGGAUGCUGGAAGACAUGAGAACUAUGGAGUAUUUUUACUGGGAGGAAAAUGCCAGCCUAAGAACCUACUCACCUUCAGAAGCCCUUCUCUAUGCAGUGGUGCAUAAUCACCUGCCUUAUGCUCAAUAUCUGCUGUCUCAUUUUCCAGAGGAGGCUCUCAAGGUGCCUGGGGAACACUUCUGCUAUUGCCCAUCCUCUGCUCCUCACUUGGCCAUGGCGGUCACAUAUGACAGGAGAGAUAUCUUGGGGCUGAUCAUCAAAAUUGCACACAAGCUCCCCAGCUUGAAUUCCUACAUCAAUAGGACUGGCUGCUUUCAUCUGGAAGAUGGGAAAACCCCCCUGCACCUUGCCUGUGAACUGCUGAGGUCGGAGACAGUCCUCAUCCUCCUCGGGAAUGGAGCUUCUCCCAGGAUAGAGGACAGCAAAGGGCUUACCCCGUUGGACGUCAUCCUGGAGCAGAUGUGGGACUCCAAAGUCAACGUGGCAUCAAAGAAGCUCUGCCUCGACUACCUCUUGCUCUUCAUGCCCAACCCACAGUUUAAGAUGCGGAAAGUUCUGCAGGAGCAUCCUGACCACUGGACAGCUUUGCUGGGGGAAGACAAAUUCAACAGCCUGGUGGGGAACACACCUGCUUCUUUAUAUCUGCAAGCUAUGCAAACUAUCCUCCAGACUCUUCCCCCCUCCCACUUCCCUAGAAGCAUCCAGGAACUACCUAUACCUCAGGCACUAAAGCCCUUACCAUCCUAUGGCAAAAAGCUACCGACAAAAAAUGUGCACCAUUAGCAGGAAGGACAGGCCAGAUUCUGACCUCAGUUACACAUCUUUACAGCCGAAGUAAUGCUUUUUAACUCAAUUACAUCACUCUUGAUGUUUGUUGGUCUAAAGGAAAAUAGAAACUGUACACUUACAUUCUUCAAGGCUCCAUAAUGACUUCAGCAUAGAAAUAAAUGUGAUGCUUCACCACUGAAAACACUUUUUUACAUUUUUCAUACUUGGAUUGUAUACAGAUCUAUAUUUUCCAUCUCUCUGGCACCAAUGGGCAUGUCUCUGCUCCCAGUUCCCUUGGCUUUUUUGGAAUCAGCAUGACAGUGACAGAUGCUAUUGCUCACUGAUUAAGACCGAAUGUUGCCAUACCCAAGUACAAAUGAAUGUUCAUUGUAUGAUAUGACUUUCUUAUAAAGCCAUACUUUUGUAAUUUUGGUUUCUCUUUUUUAGGGGAAAAAUAAUCUUCCAUAUAAUUGUGUUUGUACAUUACUCGCUGCAUGAUUAAAGAUAAAAAGAUUGUAAUGUGCUGGGAAUAACAUGUCUAUACAUACCCUGCUAUAAUGAGGCAUCUUAGCUGUGAAAAUCAUCAAUCUGAUUGUGUUACUGUAAUAAACUUGUAGUACAAA